GAAUCCAGUUUGGUUGUUGUGUAUCUGUGAGUUAGUUGUGUAUGUUUUUUACAGUGUGAGUUUUAUUUCCGCCGUUUUGUUAAACAAAUACAUUAAUUUGUGUGUAAAAAAAACUUGUUUGACUAAGUGAAUGAUGAGAUUGUGUUUUUGAAUAUAUUUGUAUUGACAACAAAGACCUGGAAACGGUACAAUGGGUCCCGUGUUAAUACUACAAAUAUUUCUGGGAGUCCUUGCACCGGCUGUUGCCAAGAUCGGUAUGGGCUUUACAAAGUACCCGGAGUCAGUGACCGCACCGGCAGGUGACGAGGUUGCCUUUGAAUGUUCAGUGGAAGUGCCCUGUGAAAGACUUACGUGGAGGUGGAAACCUGAACACGAAGACAGUUGGAGAGAUGUAGAGGGGACUAGUGAUAGUGACAGCCUGUCUACAAAACUUGUGGUAGAUGUUAAAGAAGAUACGCCUAAUUCGUUAUAUCAGUGUGUAGCGUGGUACGGUGCUAUCAGCGUAGUAUCCAUCCCCGCUCGGCUGGCCAUUGCGAAACUGGAUUUGAGCAGAAACACCGCAGAGAAGCGUGUGAUAGCCGCUCCUUUGCACAAUACAGUGGUAUUGCAUUGCAAAGAGCCACUUUCUGAACCACCCGCUGUGUUAAACUGGUGGAAAGAAGACGGAAAGACAAAGAAGCAACUGGACACUCCACACGGUGUGUUAGUAUUACACAAUGUGUCUACAGCUGACAGUGGUGUGUACGGCUGCACGGCCACCAAUGAGCUUAGUGUGCAGACAAUAGACCUGCCUGAAAGGACAUACUUGAAAGUCCAGCACGAAGGGAACGGUCAAGAGAGAUUUCUAGAGACAGAAGACUACGUGGGCACCAAGGAUUCUGAAGGCACACUAACAGUGUCUGUGAAGAUAGACGGCGCCUUACGGCUUUGGUGCGGCGCUGUGGGCACUCCGCCUCCGCGGGUCACCUGGACCAGAGAUGGACUCCAAGUGUCCAACAGAGAUGCGCUGUUUGUACAACCGUUUACAGUUCGAGAUGAGGGUAUUUACUCCUGUUCAGCCAAUGGUAUUCGAAGGUCGUGGAAAGUUGUGGCAUUAUUCCCCCCAUAUUGGGAGGGGACCGCUGAUAAUGUGAAUGCAAGCGAAGGAGGGAGCGCAAGGGUCACUUGCGGAUUGCCUAACGGUCAACCAACUCCCACCGUUCAUUGGUUGCUCAACGCUGAAUUGAUGAGGAACGGCAAAGGGAUAAAGACCAAUGACACGGACCUGUACAUCGAGCACGUGGAGAAGCGGCACGCAGGCAUUGUGCAGUGCGUGGCGUGUAACGCGCUCGCCUGUGCCUUUGACGCGGCUAUGCUCACUGUCGUGCCAGUGCAGAUAUCUGACCAGGAUUACACUGCGGAGGCGCCCAAAGCACACGUCCCUUCUCAGCCUCCGAAACGUCAUAAUAAGAAGAACUCGAGAAAACAUAAAGCUGUAAUGAUCCCACCUUCGCGUCCCAACGUGACGCGGAUGUCAGACGAGAGUGUCAUGGUGUCAUGGUCCAAUGCUAAAGAGGGAUUGCCCAUACAGUUCUUCAAGGUACAGUACAAGGAAGUGAGCAACUCCAGCAACUCCAGCGGGCAAUGGCACACCGCAAACUACGAUAUACCUUCAUACAUACACGCAUUUGAGAUUGAUGGACUCCUGCCUGAUAAGUUUUACAAGUUCCGUAUAGCGGCAGUGUACUCGAACCAGGACAACAAGUUGGGGCGCAGCAGCCCGCGGUUUUAUCUGCAGCGCGGCGGUCAGAGCCCGCGCGCUCCCGUGCUCACCAAGGCUACUGCUACCUCGCCUCACUCUAUACAGCUAGAGUGGACUUGGUCUAGUUCUGGGGGUGUUGAGGCGGAGGGUUUCUACGUGUACUACCGCGCGGUGUCGUCAGCGGGCGCGUAUGAGAAGGUGUCUGCGGGCGGCGGCGCACGCGCACUGCGUCUUGAUCACCUCGCUCCUGACACCGCAUACGAGCUCAAAGUACAGGCUUAUACUGCGCAGGCACCUUCAGACUUCAGUGCGAUACUUGACGCGAAGACACACAAGUCUCUAGUACCGACAGUAUCCAGUAGCACGGAGGGUGUGGGGGGUGCGGGGGGUGCAGGGGGUGCAGGGGGUGCGGAGCGCGCGCCCGCCGCGCUGGUGACGGCGGGUGGGGCGCUGGGUGUGGCCGCCAUACUGCUCAUACUGCUCGUCACGCUGCUGCUCUGUCGCCGCGCCAAGAGACCUACCAAGGAGAAGGUGUCAGGUCAGGACGCGGGCAGCGGGAACGGUUACACACCAGCUAAAGUACCUAUCACUAUCACCGCCAACCCCUUGCAUGCUGAGGGAGGUGAAGCAGGUGUAGAAAUGUCCUUUUUACACAAUAACAACACUGGCAGUAGCGAAGAGACACCACAUUCAAGGAAAAACGGCCCCACGCGACAGUACGUUUAAUUAUACACCUUAUUGUUAUAAGCAUAAAGUCUAUAUUGCUUUAUUGACAGUCAAUUGUGAUACAAACUGAUCGCAAUGUUACAAACAGACUUACAGUACAAAAUAUUUAUUAUUUUAAUAGUAAAGUGUAUGUGAUUUAUAUGUCUAGACAAAUAAAGGUGAGUAUACAAUGAACGACGGUAUUUGCAGAUUCAAAUAUAAGUCAGCUUGUGAAAAUGUGUACAGUGUGACAUUGCCUUUAUUAGUUGUGAUUUUUCAGUGGAAAUGUGCUCCUUCAGUGGAAGCACACCUUAUUUAUUAAUUAAUUUUGUUAUAUUGUACUUCGGUACCUGUAGACAUAAGGAAUUAAAGACAAGUAAAA